AUUAUUUAACACACAUCUCUAAUUGCGCACACAGAAUGGAGCAAAACCACAACAAACCAAAUAAUACAGAACCCGACAGUUUGCAGGAUGAAUGUGAGGAUGACGACGAGAUCGAGGACGAAGAUGAUGUGUUCCACUUCGAGUCGGAGCACUUGGCACUACGCGGCAAUCAAAGUUACACCAAUUUGCUACGCACCAUUGCCUUGCUGCAGGCGCAGCGCAUUCGAGUGCAUCAACAAAUCGACGAGCUGGAAAAGGCGCGCGAUUUGUAUUUGGCACAACCACAGCUGCUAAUGCAGAAGCUGCGCAACAAUGAACCCAUAAUAGCACCUAACUACAUAACCACGGUCAGUCUGCCGGAGUUGCCUAGUUUAUCAGUAGGCGAAGAUGUGAAGAAGGUAACAGCUCCAAAAGCGUCGCAAGAAUCCGAUAAGAAUGCCCUGAAUAAGGCACCGACACGUCUGUGGACCAAUGAGGAGCAGCGACGGCUGGAACAGCUACUUAUCGACUAUCCUCCUGAGGAGGUGGAGAUGCGACGCUUCGGUAAAAUCGCCAAGGAGCUAGGAAAUCGAACGGCACAACAGGUUUUCAGCCGAGUACAAAAGUAUUUCCAGAAACUGCACGAUGCUGGCUUGCCUGUGCCUGGUCGUCUGCCCAAGUAUCGCCGCGCUGGCGGUGGACUUUCAACGCGCAAGUUUAAUAUACGUCGUUCCACGUUCUUUCCGGCUCAAAAUAUUGAAAUUCACAUGCCCGAAGAUGAUUAUGCGUUCGAUGAACUGCGGCCAGUUACUGCAUCGCCAACGCUUAAAGUGGAACCCAAACUAGAGUUGGGAGCGCAGGGCAAGAAGCAGCUGCAGCUUAAGAUGCUGACGGCCAUACGUGAGGAAAAACUGCUGUCAGAGGAUGGCUACAGUCCCGAUCCCUUGGCCCCGCGUUGUGCCGAAUGCGAGGAAUCGGCGGUGACGCGAGAUCGUUGGCAUUGUAACAGUUGUUAUUGUUUCAUCAAUUUGUGCGGCGAUUGUCUGGCCGAUCAGUUGGUCAACGAAACCUUCGAGCACAUCACACAUGACGUCGCUGUGGAACAGGAGACCUGAUAGUUGUAUAAUCCCUGUAGUUGU